UUUUGAUCUGACGUCCCCGAACCUCGUAGGGUUCAACGAACCACCCUGCCUACCCGCACACGCUGCACCAGCGCCAGAGGCCGCCAAGCAAAGCGCCCGCACCCCGCACGCGGCGGCGAUGGCGGACGACGUCGCCCCGUGCACCGCAUCCGGCUACCUCGACCCUUCUUACUGGGACGAGCGGUUCGGGAAGGAGGAGCACUACGAGUGGUUCAAGGACUACUCCCACUUCCGCCACCUCCUCGCCCCGCUCCUCUCCCCCUCCCUCUCGGUUCUGGAGGUCGGCUGCGGCAAUUCGCGGCUCGGGGAGGAGCUCUUGCGGGAGGGCGUCACCGGCGGCGUCACCUGCAUCGACCUCUCGCCGGUCGCCGUCCAGAGGAUGCGCGACAGACUGGCGGAGCAGGGCACCAGUGGUGUGGAUGUGGUGGUGGCUGACAUGCUUGACCUUCCAUUCGAGAGCGACAGCUUCGACCUUGUGAUCGAGAAAGGGACCAUGGAUGUGUUGUUUGUGGACAGUGGUGAUCCAUGGAACCCCAAUCCUACAACAGUGGAUAAUGUAACCAAAAUGCUUGAAGGUAUCCACAAGGUUUUGAAGCCAGAUGGCAAAUUUGUAUCAAUUACCUUUGGACAGCCACACUUCCGUCGUCGAUUUUUUGAAGCACCUGAGUUUACAUGGUCUGUCGAGUGGAACACCUUUGGCGAUGGCUUCCAUUAUUUCUUCUACACCCUUCAGAAGGGCAAGAGGUCACCAGAGUCCAACGGUCACCAAGUUACAUUACCUGCUGCUCCAAGCUUCAAUAUGCUCCAUGAAGAGCUCGAAAGCGAGGAUUACAUAUUCCGCACAAAUGUUGAUGAGUUAUAAGCAGUAACUCAAUAAGUGAGUGUGCCGGUUCGGAGGUUUUGAUGCUACGCAAUACGCAUGAAGGGGCUGACCGCUAAGCAACCCAGCGAGUGAUGCUUUUACAUGCCUUGUUGUGUGGUGAUGUAUCAUUGCGGCCCAGCAGGCUAGGGAUCUUUCUACCAUCAGAAUUGACAAUAUACACCUGUUCCCAAUGUUAACCUUCUUGCGUUAUUUCAGAUUAUGAAAAAGGACCUUCAGUUAUCUUUAGUGUUGACUCCAGAUGACAUAGAGAUAAUUGUUUUCCCUUAUUCUUCUCA